AUGUUGAGCGCAGCUAAAUAUGUUGCACGUCGAGCUACAGAGCAGUCGCUACUUGUUAAGCAAGAUAUAAUAUCUAAAGCUUUAUGUCUUAGCCCAUUUCAAACUCGGCAAUCAUCAACUAAGGGUGUCCAAGGUCAUGUUAUUGGAAUUGAUCUUGGCACUACCAAUUCUUGUGUGGCUGUUAUGGAAGGAAAACAACCCAGAGUAAUUGAAAACUCUGAAGGAUCAAGAACUACACCUUCAGUUGUGGCUUUCACUAAAGAUGGAGAAAGAUUAGCUGGUACUCCUGCUAAAAGACAAGCUGUAACUAAUACCCAAAAUACUUUUUAUGCUACUAAAAGACUAAUUGGUCGGCGUUAUGAUGACCCUGAAAUACAAAAGGAUUUAAAAAACUUGACGUUUAAAAUUGUAAAAGCUACUAAUGGAGAUGCUUGGGUACAAGGUUCAGAUGGCAAGAUGUACUCCCCUAGUCAAAUUGGAGCAUUUGUCUUAAUUAAAAUGAAGGAAACAGCUGAUUCUUUCUUAGGAACAAAUGUUAAAAAUGCUGUAAUUACUGUUCCAGCAUAUUUCAAUGAUUCUCAGAGACAAGCUACAAAGGACGCUGGACAAAUUGCAGGACUCAAUGUCUUGCGUGUUAUUAAUGAACCUACUGCUGCUGCGUUGGCAUAUGGCAUGGAGAAAGAUAGUGAUAAACUUAUAGCUGUCUAUGAUUUAGGUGGUGGUACUUUUGAUGUUUCUAUUUUGGAAAUCCAAAAGGGCGUAUUUGAGGUCAAAUCAACCAAUGGAGACACAUUGCUCGGUGGUGAAGAUUUUGAUAAUUUAUUGGUUAAUUAUUUCAUAUCUGAAUUCAAAAAAGAGCAAGGUGUUGAUUUAAAUAAAGAUGUUAUGGCUUUGCAACGUGUAAAAGAGGCUGCUGAAAAGGCAAAAGUUGAAUUAUCCUCUUCUCUUCAAACUGACAUCAAUUUACCAUACAUAACUGUUGAUAGCUCUGGCCCCAAGCAUUUAAACUUAAAAUUGACCAGAGCUAAAUUUGAAGGACUGGUUGGUGAUUUGAUUAAAAGAACGACAGGUCCAUGUCAAAAAGCUGUAAAGGAUGCUGAAAUAAAACUUUCUGAUAUUUCUGACGUAUUGUUGGUUGGGGGAAUGACUCGAAUGCCUAAGGUGCAGUCUUUGGUUCAAGAAAUAUUUGGAAAACAGCCUAGUAAAGCAGUAAAUCCAGAUGAAGCUGUUGCUGUUGGAGCUGCAAUUCAAGGUGGUGUGCUGUCUGGAAGUGUAACAGAUGUUCUUUUGCUGGAUGUCACUCCGUUAUCUCUUGGUAUUGAAACAAUGGGAGGAGUAUUCACUAGUCUCAUCUCUCGUAAUACAACCAUUCCAACCAAGAAAAGUCAAGUUUUCUCUACAGCGGCUGACUCUCAGACUCAAGUAGAAAUUAAAGUAUUCCAAGGAGAGAGAGCAAUCGCUGCUGAUAAUAAGCCCCUCGGCCAGUUUUCAUUGGUUGGAAUUCCACCUGCACCUAGAGGUGUUCCACAAAUAGAGGUCACAUUUGAUAUUGACGCUAACGGUAUAGUUCAUGUUUCUGCCCGUGACAAGGGUACUGGUCGUGAACAACAAAUAUCGAUCCAAUCUUCUGGUGGUCUAAGUAAGGACGAAAUAGAAAAUAUGGUGAAGAACGCUGAACAAUAUGCUCAACAAGACCAAGUUAAAAAAGACCGUGUUGAAGCACUUAAUCAAGCUGAUUCUAUUGUUAAUGAUACUGAAAGCAAAUUAACAGAAUACCAAGUACAUAUACCUGAAGAAGAUGCCACCAAUAUACGUGAACUAAUUAAAGAAGUAAGAGAAAAAAUCGCACAAGCACAGGCUAGUGAACAAGAUCCUGAAGAAUUAAAAGCUAGUACACAAAAAUUACAACAAGCUUCGUUGAAAAUGUUUGAAGUAGCCUAUAAGAAGAUGGCUGCCAAACGUGAACAAGAAAGUAGUGGCAAUCAAAACCAAAGUGGAGAUGGUCAGACAACCGAGCAAGAAACUACAAAAAAAGAACAAUAA